CUGGUGAGGUUUGAACAAGUUAUAAACGGUUUCAGCGGGACAGUUUGUAGGGUCGCUGUUGUCUUCUUGGGUAUUCAUUAAAGUUGGAAGCCCCUCGUUUUAGCAAAUUUGUCUUUUACGCAAGUAUGCGAUUGAUGUAGCUUUUUAAAAUAAGCGGAACAACGAGCCGUCAGAAACGCGAACAUCAAAGGCCGUCACCAUGAACUCCGUACUAUCAGUGCGAUCCCUCACGCAGAUGUUUGGUGGCAAAGCACAAGACAUCAUCAAUGAAAUCGAUAAUGUCCACAUGGUUUGGCUUGAGGAGAUCCAGCAAGAAGCCAAUCGCAUGUUCUCAAGAGAUUUUAAUGCUGAACCAGAGUUGAUGCCAAAGACGCCGUCACAGAAGAAAAACAGUCGCAGGAAGCGUGUGUCUUUGGGUCGUCAAGAAGAAAAUCAGGGAAAGCAAAGAUACUCAAAGGGAAGGCGCAGUAACCUUCGUGGCUCUUCUGUUAAAUCACUGCAAUUCAUUGCUAAAGAAGAUCCCAUUUCUGAGGUCUCCACCUCUGAAGCCAGCAGCACUGGACAGUCCAAACGCACCACUCGCAGAAACAAACAGACAAAGCCUGAGGUGGUAGAUGAUGAGAGCCAGUCACCUCAUGACAGCGAUAAAGCUGAAGAAGUGCAAAACAAAAAGCCAAUGCUGGAGGAGGAGGAGGUGGUGGUGGUGAUGGUGGAUAAAAAUAAGGAGGUGAAUGAUGCUAAAGUCAAACCAGGUGACGCAGUUGGCAACGCCACACCUCCUGAGUCGCCAAAGAUUCCCUUACCUGAAGCCGUUGUCAGCAUCUCUCAUGCAGACCGCUUGUCUGCUGAGCUUGCAAAAGAGCCUGAGCCCUCUCCUGGCCGUACAGCUGCUAAGAUUGCAAUAGCUGAACCUGCUCAAACCUCAAGGCGCAGCUCUGCGCAGUGCUCCCUGAAGCUACGUCACUCUCUGGCUGGCCUGCGGCACAGUAUGACUCAGGAAUCUGUCCGCCGUGCCUCGCGCCGCUCCAUGCUUAAGAGGAAAGCUACUCGUGCGGGUAACUCCACAUGUAGCACCAAAGUUAGUGAUGACUCUUGCGUGGAGGAGGAUGAGGAGGAAAUGGAGAAAGAAAAUCAAGAAGUAGUGUCAGAAGCUGUAUCUGUGGCUAAUGCUGCACCUGAAAAAUCUCAGGGAACUCCAGAGGGUGUACAACAGUCUCUCAUGCGCAUCACUCGUUCUGUGGCUGCAAACUCACCGAAACUGGCGCCCCCAUCGUUGUUUAUCAGUGAGAUGAAAAUGAGCACUCCUAACAGAGCAAUCGCCAUUGAGAAGCUGAAUUCGCUGCCAGUUCGGAGGUCAAGUCGCAGCACUAAGCGUAAAGCACCUGAUACUAUAGAUGAAAGUCCAACAAAGAGGUGCUCUCCUCCUAAGAAAAGUCAGAGUGCAAUCAAACCCCACAUGAAAUCUUUUCUGCACACCGUCCAAAAGAAUCAGAUGCUGAUGAUGACUCCGAAUUCAGUCGGCCGGACCGCAGUGAUCAAGUCCUUCAUCAAACACAACACUCCUCUGAGGAUUGAUCCUAAGUUCAGCACUAGUAUAGUGACAAAAGAGCGCAACAAACUUGAAGCACUUAAAAAGAAGCAGGAGCAAGAGGAGGAAAGGAUGAGGAAAAUGGAAGAGGAGAAGAAGAGGAAACAGGAUGAACUUAAAAGGAAGAGGGAUGAGAGGUUAAGAAGAGUCUUCGAGGCCAAAGUAAAAGAGGAGCAGAGGGAGGAAGAAAAGAAGAAAAAGAUUGAGCAAAAAAUGGCUCAGAUUGAUGAGAAAAAUGAUAAGCGCCUGGCGGACGAGAAGGCCAAGAAGAAAGCGGCCCUGAAGCGUCAAGAGGAGCUAGAGCAGAAGAGGAAAAUGGAAGAGGAGGCCAAAAAGAAGAAGAUGCAGCAGGAGGAAGAAAAGCGACAGCAAGAGUUGCUGGCCAAGAAGAAGGCUGAGGAAGAGGCUCGUAAAGCACUCGAGCUGAAGAGGGAGCAGGAACGCGAGAGGGAAAGGGAGCUGGAGAGGGAACGGCAAGCUGCUGCUGAAAGAGAGCGAGUGGAGAAAGAAAAAGCUCUCGCUCUGCAGCGUGAAGUGGAGAGAGCAGCGAGAGAGAAAGAGAUGAGGGAACUCGAGGAGAAAAGGAAGGCACUCGAAGAAAAAAGAAAACUGGAGGAGCAGCAAAGGCUGGCAGCAAAAGAGAAAGCUGCUAAAGAGAUGGAAGCUGCUAAGCAGCGGGACACUGCUGCUAAAACACAGACUGCUGCUAACCUAAAUGUGACUGUGGAUAUUGAGCGCUCGGUAAUAAGCACGCCUGUAGGAAAAGGUGGUGGUCUCAACGUGACUGUGGAUAUUGAGCACUCCUCACCACAGUCAUACGCCAUCACGCCAAAGGGUGGAGAUAAACCUUUGAUUUUGUCCAAAAAUCCAGAAGACUAUGGGAUGGACCAAAACAGUGAUGACUCUACUGAUGACGAGUCUGCACCAAGAAAGCCUAUUCCAUCCUGGGCAGAAGGUCCCAAUCUGCAGCAAAUAAUAAUGAAGCAAUACUUCAACCCUCCUGAUUUGGACUCUUUCUUUGGAGCAGUUGAGCCACCACGACUGGAAAACAUCUUUUACAAGAGCAAGCCCAGAUAUUUUAAACGCACCAGCUCUGCAGUGUGGCACUCGCCUCCAGCUGGAAAGUAACAUCUGUACGCUCAUACAGAUGUAUUAACUGCUGUAUAAAGUUAAAAUUCUGAAAAUCUGUUUCAAAUAAAGUCACUUGUUUUGUUUUUUUCUGAAUGUUCUUUUUAAAUGCAUGUUUGUUUCACAUCUGUAUGUCUCAGUAGGUUUUUAUAUCUGUGGUUUCUGUUUAGCUUCUAGAGAUUUAAUUGUUUUGUUUUGGCUUGUAAAUCAAAAGCAGGUCAACUCAAUAACAACGGUGAUGGUUGAUUUUGAUGGACAGUAAAGCAGAAUCUCUUCAUUUAUAAUAUU